UAGAUUGUUUUCCCCCUUAGUGUGAUUCGUUUGGGCAGGUGUGGCAUUUUUAUACCCCAAUGAAACAGGAAAUCAUUUAUGAUUACUUAAAAUCUCCUGAACACUAAGGCCAACUUAAAAUGAGUUAAAUAGGCCUGUGAUCAUGCUUCAUUUAUAUUUCCUUUAUCCAGAUUUCUUCAGUUGCCAAUAAUUCUGACAUAUGUGAUUUUGUUUUUAAAAUGUAUUUUUCACUGAUGGUUGCUUUAUCCUCAGACUAAACAUACUUCAAAUAAAGGUAAGAUUUUGUUUUAUUUUCAAUAUAAUAUUAAGAUUAUUAACUAACAAAGGGACAAGUCUUUUCAAUCACAUUUAGCAAGGAUGAUAAUAAUUCUGGAUAGCAAUGUAGGUACUUUUUCUUCAGUUUCCUCUUUUCAAAUGAAAACAAAAGGAAAGCCCCAUGUAUCCUGUUGUCACAUGACUGAUUAAAGGGCAUGGUUAUCGAAGUGGUGUCCACAUGAAAAGCAGUUACAUUUAAUGUGAGUUGAAGACAGUCAAAUUAGGCUUCCCCUGACGAAAGCAUUAUAAUGCAGACUGGUUGGUCAGAUCCAGUCGAUCUAAUUGAGCUGAAUUCUUUCUUCAUAUCAGAGAAGUAUGGAUUUGUUCUUGAGAAACCAUUGACUGAACUCCCACACUACUAUCAGCUGUGGAUGGAUAUAGCCAACAACCUUACACACCUCAUCAAGACACAUCAACUUCGAGAGCUGGUGGAAAAGAUGCCUCUUCUGAGCACUCUCCGUCUCCAUGGACACCGGCAGCUGAGGCUUGCUCACCUGGCCUUGGGCUUCAUCAGCAUGGGAUAUGUAUGGCAGGAAGGGCCACAUCAGCCAGCUAAGGCACUACCCAAAGCUCUGGCUGUUCCGUACUGUAAUGUGUCACAAACAUUGGGUCUCCCUCCCAUCCUGGUCUAUGCAGACUGUGUUCUGGCCAACUGGAAGCUUAAGGACCCAAAAAGUUCAAUGGAAUUUGGAAACUUAGAUACCAUCUUCUCAUUUCCUGGAGGGGAGAGUGGUAAAGGCUUUUUCCUGGUCUCCUUGUUGGUGGAGAAGAGUGCAAAUUCAGGAAUACAGGGCAUAAUCUCAGCAGUGAAUGCCAUGGCGACAAUUGAUAUGAACAGUUUACAUAUGGCUCUUCAGAGAAUUGCCUUGUCGAUCAAGAACAUGGAGGAAACCUUCAGGCUCAUGCACAAUCAUGUGGACCCAAAACUAUUUCAUGGAACAUUCCGAAUCUACUUAUCUGGAUGGAGAGACAACCCCAUGCUGCCAGACGGUUUGUGGUACGAGGGGGUCAGUGAGGAGCCUCUGCAGCUGUCAGGAGGAAGUGCUGCUCAGAGCUCCACCAUCCAGAGCCUUGAUGUGCUGCUGGGCAUUCAGCAUGACAAGGACUCAGCAGGCUUCCUCAGGCGGAUGCAGAACUACAUGCUCCCUUCACACAGGAAGCUGAUGGAGACUGUGGCCUCGCGGCCCUCUCUGCGCUCUCUUGUGCUGUCCCGCUCCGACCGCUCCCUCUGCCAGGCGUACAACUCAUGCGUUUCUGCUCUGGUGGCGUUACGGAGCUACCACCUCAAUGUUGUAGCUAAGUACAUCACAGUGCCCGGGCACAGGGCACAGGCCGCUGGGUGCCCAUUCCGUGGAGCGUGCAUGGCCCUCGGUGACCGCGGCACUGGAGGUUCCAGCCCUAUGACUCUUCUGAAGAGUGUGCGGGAUAGCACCAGAAAGGCACUCAUCCCCCAGCACAUGAGCCUAGCAGAGGCAUGAGGACACAUGAGCUUUUACAAUGGACCAUGGUACACAUGACGACUUGUAGUAGUUAAGUAUUGUUCAGAGCGCCACUCUUGUGUGAGAUGCUUAUAAUGCUAAAACAGUGAAAUCAAGCAAAGCUUUAAGUCGGAAUCUGUAUUUGUGAUUUAGUCAUUGGUUUAUUUCAGCUAAUGACUAUGUGAACGUGUUGUCAAUAAUGCCACUAAUUAUGUAUUAUUAAUUAACAAUGGUGCUAUUCAUACUGUAAGGGUUGCUAUACUGUACAUAUUAUGUUAAUGUCUAUGUUUAUAAUAUCAACACCUCCACAUACCUGAUCACAUGUUUUGUGAUUGUGAUUGUCAUGCAUACUUGCAUGAUUUGUGAUUGUGAUUUUGAAUAAGUUGUUCUGAGCAAUUAAUAGGGGUAUCUUGAGAAAACCAAGUCAAUUCAUCUUAGAAAUGUCAUGUGUGUGCAUGAACACAAGAGGGCAGUAGUGUGUAUGUUACAUAGAAGAAGUACAUAAUCUUGUUUAAGCCUUCACUGGUGGCUGUACGGUACUGUGAUCUGAUUUCACAGGUAUCUGAAGGAAUCCAGUGUCCCCUAUUCUGAAAGCAUUCUGCAUUUUUUAAAUGAUUAUUAUUAUUUUCAUUCCAUUAAUGCCUAAAGGGAACCUUUUUAUUGUAUUAGAAUGAUAAUAUGUUGUCCAUCACAGCUGUGUCCAAAGCAAGUAAAUGCCCUUUUGCUCA